UCUCUUCUCCAUCAUCCGCUGUCUUUCUCAAGCUUUUAGUCCUUUUGCCUUCGAAGCUAAAAUAGGCAAAAACACACCCUCAAUCCAAGAAAAUGUAGCUUGGAGCUCUAUAUCUACUAAGAAAAUUCUUACUAGAGCUCUAGCUAAAAGCAAGCAAAGGCGGAAAAAAGAGAGAAAGAAGGAGCGGUAGUUUUUGGGUGUCUCUCUCAAUUCAUUGUUGCUUCGUGCAGAUAUUUGGAUUGGUGAAAAGGAUGGAGCUGUUCCUAUAGAUAGUACUUUCCUUUUUUUAUGUCACUUUCCAACUGUAACCGAGAGCCAGCUGCCAAGUCUAGGGUUGUGUUUCGUGCAAUCUCAGCUUGAGGCCCAAAAAUGUUUCCCUCAAACAGCAAUGGCAUUGACCCCAUCUCUAUUUGGGAUGGCCUAACAAUUCACCACAAGCCCCUUUCAAGUGAUGCCAUCCCAAACUCCAAACAAGAAGACCAUCUGGUUCCUCUCUUCAACAUUCCCUCUCCUUUCCUUCACUACUAUCAAGAUGACAGCUCCUUUCUUGAUGACCUUGACCUCUUACUUCCACGGUCACAACAGCCAGUAAGUAGUGAUGAUGCGGCAGUGGUAGCUAAUAAUACACUCACGAGCAUGGUGGAUCUGAACAGCAGCGUCAAUGCAAAUGAAGCAUCAGCAGGAGGAGGCAAUUCGAAGAAAAAACAUUCCACUCCCGACCUGGGUCCUAGAAAGAGAACCUCAAAAAAGGAUCGGCACAGCAAGAUUUAUACUGCUCGGGGUCCGAGGGAUCGAAGAAUGAGAUUGUCCCUUGAGGUCGCCCGCGAUUUUUUUGAUCUCCAAGACAUGCUGGGAUUCGAUAAAGCGAGUAAAACUGUCGAGUGGCUGCUGUUACACUCCAAGUCUGCGAUCAAGGAGCUUUCGGGAGGCGUUGCAAAGAUGAACAACAGUUGCACUGCCGGUAGCUCAUCUUCUACAUCAGAGUGCGACGUGGCGUCUGGAAUUGAUGAGGCAGCCGGUAAUGGGGAUCACUCGGCCAGUGUCACUCAAGAAAAGCCACCGAUUAAGGAGAAAAAGACCAGGCAAUCCCGCAGGAAUUCGUUUUACCUGCUUGCAAGAGAAUCAAGGAAAAAGGCGAGGGCAAGGGCGAGGGAGAGGACCGAGAAGCUGUGGAUGCGAAGACUCGAUGGACCGAAACCAUGUGGUGAAGCAAUGAAGACCAACUUGAACAAGAGAAGUAGUCUGUCUGAAACUUGUGAAGAAUCUGGUAACCAAGGUAGCAACAACGUGAAAGCUGCCUCCGACUUUCUAGCUCAAUCUGAAGAGCCACAGGAGGAGAAGAACCUAGGAACAACAGGACAGAUUGUUGAUGAUUCUUUGGCAAUCAUGGGCAGGUGGAGCCCAACUUUCAGUUUCAACAAUCUUGCAAGCACUGGAAUCUCCCAAGAGCUUGAGUUCAGAGAGCUUCAUCUCUUUGUCAAAACGUGGGAGGCCUACAACAGUCCGUAUCAGUGCUAACGGAAUUAUGGGUAUAUUCUCGAACAUUUGAUGGCAGCUGAAUAAAUACAUGGUGGUAGAAAUUGGUGAGGCUUUUUCCUUUGUGUUUGGCAUGUAUUAUAGGCAUGUGUGUCACAAUUGUACAACUUAUGUGUGGACUAGUGUGUUCCUUCAGUAAAUUGUCUGCAAUAAUAUGUGCUUCUAU